AUGGCAAGAAGAGGAGGAAGAAAUCUAAGAACUAAAGCAUUCAAGGGUGGAUUUCAUGCGUCGGCGGCAAUACCUAAAAGAGACUUAACCAUACAGACAAACCAUCGUGAUGGCGGGUUUACUGAAGGUUUAGUAGCUUCAUCUGGUUAUGACUAUAAUAGAAAUUAUGAUACCUAUGUUGAUGUUGGCGAAGGUUUCCCUGUAUCAGAAGUAAGAGCGCACGUUCACGACGCAGUCUAUUCUUUAUUGAGGAUGGAUCUAUCUUUUGGUGAUAUAAAACGUCUUUCUCAUGUCAACGAAUCGUUUUUAGAAACAACCUUUAAGGAGUUAGGGCUCAACAUACCAAAGGAGCCAUCCCUAGUAACAACACGACAGAAAUUGCCCCACAAUGCUCCUCCCAACUCAUUAAGCGAACCCUGUCAGUCAAGAGGAGACCAGGCUACAGCAUUCGAAGAGUCUAUUGAAAUUGCAGAACUCAAGCGGAGUGUGCAAGAAAUCAGGACAGAGUUAAUACAAUCGGAAACGACUCAAAAGCUUCAAGAAUCGGCCGUAGCAGAAACAGAGGAGAAGUUCCCAGAGCUAGAAAAAAAAACCAUUCCAGGCACCGUUGAAGAUGAAUCCGGAAAAAAAUUGAUCAAAUCUGAUAGCUCAUUCUAUCAUGAUCCUGAAUUUCGUUUCUUUCACACCGCUUCACUUGUCGCGGUUGAGAAGAAACCAACUAUUACAAGCAUUGUCGACCGGCGAAAUACCACAUUGCAAUGCGUGAAUGAGGAGACCGACUCUACUAUUGAUGAGCGUAGAACGAAAAGAAAAAAAGAUCGGGGAAAAACAGAAGCAGAAGGUAUAUCAGAUAUCAACGAUACCAAUAAACGCUCUCUCAAACAAACUUCCGUCGUAAAAAACUCUGCUAUAUGCGAUUCCAGUUUGUUUGACAGGCCUGUCUCAUUUGUAACAGAAAAUGAUCUUUUGAGUAUUGAAUUAGAGGUAAGGACGCUAAUGCUCAAAACGAAAACAGAGAUCUUCAAAUUAUCUGGUCUUAUGAAUGAUAAAAGUGUUAAGAAGCAAUUAAGCGACCCCCGAGUAAGACGAAGUUUAUUAAGGACAAGGGACGAAAUAUUUGACGAUGUUAGUAGACUUUUCAGUGAUUUAUUAACAGAACAAAACGACUGA